UAUAAGCUUUAAAUGUGCUGAAAAUGUAGGUACCUACACAAGCUGCAUAAUAAAGUGAAAUUUCUACGAAUACCCUGAUAUGACUUGCGUCAUUAUUAAACGUUUAAAAUCGCGUCAAUCUAUCGCUUGAUGUGGGUAUGUUUUUAUUAGGUAAUGUUUCAAUUUUUUUAAACAUACUGUCAAGUCUGAAAUACAAGGUAGACAUUCAAGGACUUAAGAGCUUAUUUCGUUUUCAUAAGGGAAAAAAUUUGAAUCGAUUACAUAAACACUUACACUUACUUACCUCUCAUUAAAAUAGUUUUCACGUUUUCAGUCGUGUCUUCGUUAUCACAAUAAACAUAAUUUUAGCAGAGGAAUAUCACAAUCACAGACAAGUAUGUACAUUUUGAAUUUUGCAACUGAUGAAAACAUGUUGUUGGAUUGAGAAUUCCUUUUGGCUAAAAUUUUCCAACUACCUUUACCUAAGUAGUACCUACAUGCCUAAUUAAGAAAGUAAAAGUCGAAUAUUUUUUUGUGGAAUAACAAGUGUCUGGGUCAAUUCAAUUCAAAUAAUCGUCAAAUUUAUAAUACCUUUGGAAUUUUUCGUAGGAGUGAAGUUGAAGUUGAUUUGUAAAACUUGUAGACCGGUAUGGGUUUAGAAGAAAAUAAGUAUUUAUUUUUAUAUUUUUCUCAUUUUUUUGUUGAAAAUCCUGCCUUUAAUAGGAAUGAAGUUGAUGCAACUUUUGUCGGAUAACAAAGAACUGCAAAAACGAUUUGGAAAAAAAUGGUGUACCUAGGGUACACAUAAAUUGGUAGGCAGGCAGACUUCUAGUGAAUAUUCGUCCAUCAACAAGGUUGAUUGGGUAGUAUUUUACAUGUUCCUGCCACUCAUCAUAUUUCGUGAUCACAAAUACAUACAAUACCCAGCUCAUUGAUUGAAAACGUUUCCUCUUUGGGCACAAUACAAUGUUCUAAGGUACAGUAGGUACAUACGUACAUAUUUAAAUCGUUUCAUUAUAACCUUGAUUGCUGAAGAUGAGCAAGAUUUUGUUAAAUGCUCAGCAAUGCAAAACUCAUGAUAAUUGAUAUCAAACAAGUAUCCAAUAAAGUUGGCUAGGUAACCAAAUCUUUCUCAAAUAACAAACUCUUAUUGCUUAUAAGUAUAAUGAUCAGUGAAAAAUGCAUAUCGAAAUUGCAAGAUCUUGUCAAUGCUUUACUCCUCUUUUAACCAACAAUUAAACUGUUUCAGUUUGUGACCAUAGACAAUGUUGCAGGAAGAACAGUUUACUGAAAACGAAAGUAAAUUUUAAACUAUACAAGGAUGGACGUGAUCGAGCUGUUGGCACUUUUACUACGUUUGAUAUAAUCUGUGUUGACAAUUCUUACAUGAAUUCAUUAUAUUAUAACUAUUUCAUAAUUAUUACAAUAUAUUUAAUUUAAAUAUAAAAUCUGAGAUUUAAAUUACAUUCUUAUUAUUACUUUGAUGUGCUUGGUGUCAACAUCUUAACGUGCUUAUACAUACAGGCAUACCUACCUAGUACCUACAUACCUACAGUUUUUAAAAUAGUGCUGAAUAGUUACCUUUCUUGUUGUGAAAUAAAGAAUACAUAUUUUUUUAUUAUUUUGCCAAUACCUACUUCAAAAUGAAUUUGUCUUUUUAUAAAUUAUCUUCGUUAUAUGUGAUUUAUUUUGCAAUUAGUUGUGUGGCAGAAAUAUCUAAUGAUAUUGAAGAUCUAAACAGGAAUAAUUCACCUAAACCUGUGAAUUAUUUGAAUUACGCUUCUAACGAAGAAUCGUCGUUUCAGAAUUCUGAAAAACCUCUUGUAGCCAGGUUCACGUAUCCGACUGGUGCCACUUUAGAGGGAUACGGACCUCAUGUCUUAGGCCACGGAUUGUACCCUCAGAAAUUUGACAUCGCCGGUUUAUUUCUAGGAUCCAUGUUUGGACUCUGUGCAUUACUCUUCAUUCCAAAAUUAAUACACAUUUUUAUUCCAGAAUUAGCAGCGUAUGGUCACUACGCUCACGGAGCUACACCUUUUGGAAAAAGUGGAAAAAACGUCGAAGAUUUGCCUCAAGGUGUUAACCAAAUUGUGUAUCAGUUUGAUAAAAUAAUGUCAGAAUACAACAUUAAUUCUUCGGAGUGCAUGCAGAAAGCAAUUUGUUCUUACGUUCAAUCAUCUCGCAGUCGAAAUAGCCGAGCUGAAUACCUUGAUAAUAAUAAUGUGACUGAUAAUACAAUAAGUGACAGUUUAAUCAGUUUCUUAAUUGAUGGUUCGAAAUUCAAAUCAGCUAUCGAUAAUGGGAAACAACAUGUGAGUUGUAGUGUAUUGUAUCCGAAAUGCCCAUUUAAUCAGAACAGUAUCAGCAAUGGAAUCAAAGAACUUUUGCUUCAGAAUAAUAUGUCUGCAGGAAGUCAUCAAUAGUUGAAAGUGGUUCGUUUUUUUAGGCCUGUGUGAAUAACUGCGGAAUCCUUACGAAAAGGCUGCCCUUGAAAAAAAAUUGCGGUUAUUAUAUUAUAAAAUAAACGCAGCAUUUAAUUUUUUGAUUUUUUUUUCUAAUAAAAAAAUUGUUGACCAUUUUUAUUUUUUGCCAAAAACUGAUCAAGCUGUACCUAAUAAUAGUUCAUGUUGAUGACAUAGUCAUUUGAUCUCUAAAAUGUGUAAGAAAUAAGAAUGAUUACAAAAGUAGCCUAAUUUUAAUAUACGAAGUAAUUUAAUUUAAUUAGGUAUUCGUAAUUACGUACAAAAUUUUAAUUUUUAAAAACUGAAUAAAAUUUAAAAGUGUU